UACGACGAAGAUAGACGAAACUGUCCGAUGCUGUAUAUCCAACGAACGUGAGCAGAAGCAUCUGCUAUGAGACCUACAGGAAGAGCUCAGCGAUCACGAUAGUAUAUAAGCAAAGCAACUUAAAAAGGAUUAUAAUGUCUUAAUAUAUUUAAAACGGCUCAUGUCAGUGGGUGUCCACUGAGCUGCCUGUAAGAUGUCUCUGGUGCUGUUUGCAUCUGUGGUGAGAGUGAGGGACGGUCUACCACUCUCAGCCUCCACAGACUAUGAACAGGAUAAAGGAUUUCAGGAGACUAAGAAACAUCUCAAGGGUCUGUCCAAAAAACUCAGCCAGUUUCCUGAUCGCUGCUCACUCAGAUCUGGCCUUUAUAACAUCAAUUUCACGAGCUCUCUUGGAGUCGGGUACUUGAUGGUUUGCACAGAAAGCUAUCCCAAUGUUUUGGCCUUCAGCUUCCUGGACGAGCUUCAGAGAGAGUUCAUUGUCACGUAUGACACCAAGAAGAUCAACAGCGCUUUGAGGCCUUUCUCUUUCAUUGAGUUUGAUAACUUCAUUCGGAAAACCAAGCAACGUUACAACAGCCCACGUUCCCUCUCCACCAAGAUUAAUCUGGCCGACAUGCAGACUGAGUUCAAGCUCCGACCUCCUUAUCAGCUGUCCGCGGAAGACAUUGGAACAAUCAACGGCUUCUCACAACACAAGCAGUCUAAAUAUAAAGGCAUAGCUCCUAAUCAAAUGUUGGAGGCCAUCACCCUGUCUGGUCUCGUCGCCUGCGUCCUAAGUGUCCUGUGCGUCGCUCUUAAUUUGCUGCGGGGAGUCCACGCAAUAGAAAGUGUAUUGCAGAACGAGGAUGAAGACUUUAAUUACGUAGUUGCUUUUUUCCUCGGAACCGUGGCCUGUUUGUAUCAGUGUUACUUGUUUGCCUACUUCUCAAUUUGGAGGAACAUCAAGUCAUUCCUGGCCUUUGCUAUGAUCUGCCUAUGUAACAUGUAUCUGUAUGAACUGCGUAACAUGUGGCAGAUCCUUUUUCACGUGACGGUGGGAGCAUUCAUCACUCUGCAGAUCCACCUGAGACAACCGCAGGGCAAAUCACCUGACUACAACGUUUGACCCCCUUGAACACUUUUAAGACUACGUAAUGUAGCCCAACAUGGCAACCCAAGCCUGUUCCAACCACAUCGAAGGACCAAAGAACUAUGGAUUGUAAAGCAGGUUUUACUAAAUCGUUUGAUAUUGUUCAAGAAACACUCUCUGCUGUUUCACAUCCAGUCGAGGUCACAGAUGAGAAACUGGUGUUCUUGUUGACGCAAAAGGAUCAUAACACAUAAUUCAUAAGCGCACAGUAUUAGAUUCAAGCAUGAAAUAUUGAAGGAAGCAUUAACAGAUGAAUCAGAUAUGCACAGUUAAUAUAUUUCACAAUAGGGAGGAGUAUUUUUUUGUUUAAUUGACAUCAGGGCUUAAAGGGACAGCUCAUCCAGAAAUGAAAAUUCUUACAUCAUAUCUUGAACAAUGGCUUGAACAUGGAUGGUGAACAGGGUCUGUCGAGGAUAAAAAAAAUAAAUAAUAACAAAUUCUGAAAAAAGCAUCAAAA